AUGGCUGCCGCCGUGUCCACCAUCGGAGCUGUCAACCGUGUGCCGGCCUUGCCGCUUAACUUGAAUGGAUCGGGCCCGAACUCAUCCUUCCUUGGAUCCGCCUUGAAGAAGCCGAUCCUAAGAACAGCAGCUUCCUCCUCGACUUCCGGAAACUUCUUCCGGGUUGUGGCCGAGAUUGACGAGAAGAAACAGACAGACUCCGACAGGUGGAAGGGACUCGUGACUGACAUAUCAGACGACCAACAGGACAUCACCCGAGGCAAAGGAAUGACCGACACACUCUUCCAAGCUCCCACGGGUGCCGGCUUGAGCACUCACGACGCUGUCCUAAGCUCCUACGAGUACAUUAGCCAGGGACUUCGCCAAUAUAAUUUCGACAACACGAUGGGAGGAUUCUACAUUGCCCCUGCCUUCAUGGACAAGCUCAUCGUCCACAUUUCUAAAAACUUUAUGACAUUGCCGAACAUCAAGGUCCCGCUUAUCUUAGGUAUAUGGGGAGGCAAAGGACAGGGCAAAUCGUUCCAGUGUGAGCUCGUUUUCGCCAAGAUGGGAAUCAACCCGAUCAUGAUGAGCGCCGGAGAACUAGAAAGCGGCAAUGCAGGAGAGCCCGCGAAGCUGAUCAGGCAGAGAGUGUAUGAUGACGAGGUUAGGAAGUGGAUCGGAGGAGUGGGAGUGGAGAAAAUCGGGAGCAAGCUCGUGAACUCGAGAGAGGGCCCACCGACAUUCGAGCAGCCCAAGAUGACGCUUGAGAAGCUACUCGAAUACGGGUUUAUGCUCGUUCAAGAGCAGGAGAAUGUGAAGAGGGUCCAACUGGCCGACAAGUACUUGAAAGAAGCUGCGCUCGGCGAAGCUAACAAGGACGCUAUCGAGAGAGGAACUUUCUUCGGUGGGGCUUCUUCUUCCUAG